ACAAAGUCGCACUGCUGCGAGCUUAAACGCGACUGGACGGAUACGGUUGCGCACGUUCGCAAACCCAAGGGUUGCCGUGGUUACCGCAGAGUUUAACGCAGAUAAAGUGCAUGACAAUUCCUUCGUUACUGCGAUAAUUUAGUUCGUGCGUUAUUGCGCUGCCAGGAAAGUUCGGAUCCCUCGCUCCGCAACCCAGACCGGAUUUUAUUGGACCGACCAUGACGGAGGAGCGCGACAAGUCCGCGGCUGCCGACGCCCCGUGCAGCCCCGCCGGUACCUCGAGCUCCCUCUCCCCGGAGGACUCGGACUCGGACGGACCGUGCUCCCCCACCGGUUCCCUCCACUCCAUGAAAAAGCUGGACGAGGACGACGACCGGUUCCCCGCGUGCAUCCGGGACGCGGUGUCGCAGGUGCUGAAGGGCUACGACUGGUCGCUCGUGCCCAUGCCGGUGCGCGGAAACGGCUCGCUCAAGAAUAAACCGCACGUGAAGAGACCGAUGAACGCGUUUAUGGUGUGGGCGCAGGCGGCGCGGAGGAAGCUCGCGGACCAGUACCCGCAUCUGCACAACGCGGAGCUCAGCAAGACCCUGGGAAAACUGUGGAGGCUGCUGUCCGAGAACGAAAAGAGGCCUUUUGUAGAGGAAGCAGAGAGACUGAGGGUCCAACACAAGAAAGAUCACCCAGACUACAAGUAUCAGCCGAGACGCAGAAAAAGUGUGAAGCCGGGUCAGAGCGAUUCUGACUCUGGAGCUGAACUGAGCCACCAGAUGUACAAAGCUGAACCUGGAAUGGGCGGCGGCAUGGCUGGGCUGGGCGACCACCAUCACUCAGACCAUCCAGGGCAGCCCCACGGACCACCGACGCCACCGACAACCCCUAAGACCGACCUCCAUCACGGAGCGAAGCAAGACCUGAAGCACGAAGGCAGGAGGCUCAUGGACUCCGGUCGCCAGAACAUCGACUUCAGCAACGUGGACAUCUCUGAGCUCAGCACCGACGUCAUCAGCAACAUGGAGGCCUUCGACGUCCACGAGUUUGACCAGUACCUCCCGGUGAACGGUCACGCCAUGGGUUCAGAGUCCAGCGGUCACGGACCCAACCCCAGCGCCUACGCCUCGUCUUACGGCCAUCCGGGCGCCAACGGAUCCGGCUGGAACCGCAAAGGAGCCUUGGCGUCAUCGGCAUCUGCAUCAUCGGCGUCUCCCGGCGCCGGCGACGUCGGUCACCACCGACCCCACAUCAAAACCGAACAGCUGAGCCCCAGUCACUACAGCGAGCACUCCCACGGGUCUCCCUCGCACCCCGACUACACUUCCUACGGCGCGUCUCAGAGCUGCGGCACUUCGGCCGCCAAUGCUGCCGCUGCCGCCGCUGCAGCCGCCGCCGCUGCUGCCACUGCCACCUCCACCAGCUUCUCCAGCUCCCAAUGUGACUAUACAGACCUCCAAAGCCCCAACUAUUACAGCCCCUACUCCAGCUACCCCUCCAGCCUGUAUCAGUACCCCUACUUCCACUCCUCGCGGAGACCCUACGGCGGUCCCAUCCUCAACAGCCUGUCCAUUCCACCCUCCCACAGUCCCACGUCCAACUGGGACCAGCCGGUGUACACCACGCUAUCGAGGCCGUGAAGUCUCCUCGUCGAACUUUUUUCCGUCGGAUGCACUUAUGAAACGCUUAUGAAGGAAUAGCAUUAGCCAAGAGAAGAAGAAGAAGAAGAAAAAGAAGUAAAAAGGGUGACACUUUAUUUUAAGGAACACAAAAAUUAUGCAUUUAUUAUUGUCCUAUUAGUGUUGCUUAAUAAAGCCUUAAUUAGACAUUUGUAAAUUAUUUAUUCUGUGUUAUAAGUGUUAUUGGUGCUUAAUUAGGGGUCUAUUAUGUGGAAAUGAUUAAUGAUUAAUAAUGGCUGUAUUAGUUAUUAUAGUGCACAAUAAACAGUUAUGUCAGCACCAUGUUAAGCAGAUUAGAUUAUUAAGCAUUAACUAUUAGCUUAUUCUACAUGCUAUUAGUGUUAUUAUAAUUAGCAGCAGUUUGAUCUAUAUGAGUUUGGCAAGUGAUGGAGUUAUUAUUAAGUUAGUAUUGAGUUAAUAAGGGCUUAAUAACUCACUUAUAAAUGUGAAAGUAUACCAGUGUACCAUAUUCUAAGGUGAGCUUCUGUUCAUCACUAAUUAAGACACUGAAAAUAACUGAAUAUAUACUUAAUAAAUCACAGACCUCUAAUUAAGCACCAAUAACACUUAUAAGUAGCCUAAUAAGUAGUGAAUAAACAGUUUACAAAUGUCUAAUUAAGGCUUUAUCAAGCAAAUAAUAAGACAUUAAUAAGUGCCUAAUUUGUGUUCCUUUAAAAUGAAGUGUUACUGUAAAAAGAAGAAAAGGUACCACUUUAAAAUAAGACUACCUUUAUAAAGGGUUUAUAAAUGGUUUACAAUAAGUUUAUUAAUGGUUACUAAUUAGGUUGUAAAUUUCCAUAAAAAUGCAUACAUACAUAUAUGUUAUAAUUGAUUAUUAAUGAUUUUUAAGGCAUUUACAACCUAAUUAGUAACCAUUCAUAAACUAAUUGUAAACCAUUUAUAAACCCUUUAUAAAGGUAGUCUUAUUUUAAAGUGGUACCAAAUAGAAUAAGAAGUGCCUGCUGAUUUUUUUUGAACGUUUUGAUUCAUUUUUAUUAUUAUACUAUAUUAUAUUUCCCCCUCCACCCACCAGCCACAAAUUAAUAGACAUCACACACACAUACACAUCACAUACACACACACAUAUAUCAUAUAUAUAAAUAUAUAUUCGGACGGUCGGCGCAGAACUUGAUAAUUUGAUAUAUUGGUGCUUUUACAGCAAGCGGAAAUCCUCUGUGAGGACCACCUGUCACUGUUUCUCUCCGUUUCCUUCGCCCCACGUCUCCCCUUUUCUUUCAGUUUUUUUUCUCCCUUCUUUAACGACUGUCUAUCUAUUUCGUAUAUAUAUAUUUAUAUAUAUAUAUACAUCACUGAAUUGUGUAGGAGAGAAAACACAAGCACACAAGCAAGCCAAAAGCCUUUUUUACCAAGCGGCAGAUGGAGAAAGGAACGCACACGUGCACUGGGACCAAUUAUUUUCAAAACACCAAGCAGUACAGAAGUGUUUGCUCCAUCAUUCCGAAUAAAAGAAGAAAAGAAAAAAACUAUAGAAAAAGAAAAAGACAAAAAAAAAACGCUGAGAAAACUUUUCUGCGCCCUCCUUCAUCCUGACGAUCGGAAACGAUGUUUUCUUCUUCUGUUUUUAAUUUUUCUCCUCUCGCUUUUAGAGAUAUUCCCUGUGUAUUUAUAUAUGUUUCCUUUUUAUUCUGUGUUUAAGUUGUUUAAGUUCUAUGGUUUUAUGGUUGUAAAAAAGAAAAAGAAAAAUGUUUUUUUUCUGUUUGUUUUUUUUUUCUGUUCGGGGUGGGGAGAAGAGGGAGGGGGGUUAUGAUGAGUGAUGUUCGGUACGUUCUCUUAAAAAAAAGCACGAAAAACGUAAGAAAUUUUCUGCUGAUUUCACAAUCAUUUUGUGUUAAUAUCAUGUGUUAAUAUUGUUAUAAACUGCAGCAUUCCUGAAAAAAAAUAAAUAUAUAUAUAUAUACAAACAAAAUGAAGCCCACCCACCAAGCACUAUGUCGUUAAAAAAUCUGCUAAGCUGUUUGAAAUGAAACGUAAAUGUUUUAUUUUGUUUUAAGUGGUUUUAUAAAGUAGAAACUGCACAUUCAUAUGAGGACUUCGAGUACUUUCAAACAUAGUGUAGAGAUGUCUUCCUCACCCUUUAUUUAUAUAAAAGGACUUUUAUUUUGAGAAAACAUAGGACCAGAAGCAUCCAUCAAUCUUUUAAUCCUUUUUUCUUAAUUUUUCCCUCUUUUGUAAUUAAUAUGACUUUUUUUUUUUUUUACAAAAUGUAGGAGCAGAAACAUCCAUCAAUCUUGUUUUGACUUUUAUUUAAGGUAAUAGGACUUUUAUUUUUAGAAAAUAUAGGAGCCAAAGCUUCUAGCGACAUUUUUUUACUUUUUUGUUCCUUUUUUAGACUUUUAUUUUUGAAAGAUUUAGGAACAGAAGCAUCCAUUCAUAAACCUAUUUUUUUAAGGUAAUAGGACUUUUAUUUUUGGAAAAUGUAGAACCAUAAGCAUCCAUCAAUCUGUUUUUUUUCCUUCUGUUGUUCUUAUAUUUUUUCAAAGGUGAUAGGACUUUUAUCGUGAGAAAAUAUAGGACCAGAAGCAUCCAUCAAUCUUUUUAUUAUUUUUUUCUUUAUUUUUCCCUCUUUUUCAAUUAAUAGGACUUUUAUUUUGGAAAAAUGUAGGACCAAAAGCAUCCGAUAUUUUUAAAAGAUAAUCAGACUUUUAUUUUGAUAAAAUGUAGAAAGAGAAGAAUCUAGAAGUGUUUUUCCCUUUUAAUUUCUGUUUUAUUCUAUUUAAUAAAGGUAAUAGGAUUUUUAUUGUGAGAACGUGUAGGACCAGACACAAUCUUUUUAUUAUUUCUUUAAUUAAAAGGAUUUUUUUUUUUUACAAAAUGUAGGAACAAAAGCAUCCAUCAAACUUGUUUUGACUUUUAUUUAAGGUAAUAUGAUUUUUUUUAGUGGGAAAAUGUAGGAGCUGAAGCAUCUAGCAACAUUUUUAUUUUUCACUUUUGUUCUUUUUUAAAGGUAAUAAGACUUUUAUUUUGGAAAAAAAUAGAACUAGAAGCAUCUAGCAGGGUUUUUAUUUUUUCCUUCUGUUGUUAUAUAUAUUUUUAAAGGUAAUAGGACUUUUAUGGUGGGAAAAUCUAGGAGCCGAAGCAUCUAGCAACACUUUUUUUUUCUUUUCAUUUUUGUUUUUAUUUUAAAGGAAAUAGUACAUUUAUUUUGUAAGAAAAUGUAGGACCAGAAGUGUCCAUCAAUCUUUUGAAUUUUUUCUUUAUUUUCUCCUCUUUUUUAGUUAAUAGGACUUUUAUUUUUAGAAAAUGUAGGAGCCGAAGCAUCUAGCAACAUUUUUAUUUGUGUUCUAUUUUAAAGGUAAUAAGACUUUUAUUUUGGAAAAAAUCUUUGACCAAAAGUAUCUGUCAACCUUCUUUUUAUUCUUUUCUUUAUUUUUAAACUCAAUUCAACCACUCCGCUAACUUUUUUAACGUUUUUUUAACGACAUAGUGCUGGAAAGGGCUUCCUCAUUUCAUUCCAUGUUUUUUUAAGAAGCAACAGAAGCAGAUUGAGCCACGUGACGCAACAGGUGUGUGUGUGCGUGUGCGCGCUGAGCGAAUUGCGAUUAGUCAUGAUGUCACAGUUGAAGGAAAGGAGGUGAAGUGAAGAGCGCGAGUGCGUGAGUGACGCGUCAGCUGUUCUUCUGCUCUCGCUCCUGCCCUCGCGCCCGGCCAAGUCCGAACAGCUGAAGAAACGAGCGGCUGAACCCGAGCCGUUACAGGAGAUACACCAGCUAAUGCACCACAGACGUGUGGGUCACGUGACCACGUGACCGCGUCCUGAUUCGUGCGAUUUUUCUGAUUAACGCGAGCGAUUCAUUUCCAUUCCCAUUGGUUUAUAACCUGUUUCCAGCCUGUUGCUUCAGAAAUGUCUUAACCAGUUUCACAUUUGGUGCCAUUUGAGAUUUACGUGAUUUUUACUGAUUUUUAUUAUUAUCAUUUUUUUUAACAUGUCGGUUGCUUGCGGCCGUGAGACGCAAAACAGUGUUCUCUCUACGUUCUUUCAUCCUGUUGUGCCGUUUUAAACAACAAGGCUGUGAAUUAUUUCUGUUUUGUGUUAACAAGUGCAUUCUUACAAGAAGCUAACCUUCAUUGCUGGCCAUAUCUGUGAAAAACAAUAAACUUUUUUUCUUUCCUGAA